AUGGGGCGGCGGCGCAGCGGGUUUGAAUCGGCGGCAGCGGUUGGGGCCGGACGGGGCCGGGAUGGAGGCGGCCGUGAGGUGAGCGGCGGGGCACGGGCACGGGCACGGGCACGGGCACGGGCACGGGCACGGAGACUGGCACUGGUACCGGCACUGGGACUGGGACUAAAGCCUGCGGCAAGGGGAGCGGCCCUGCCCCCGCUGCUGUCGGCCCUGGGGCUGCGCAGGCCCGAGGGAGGGCUCCAGGCCUCGGCCUCUGCCCCGGGAGCGAAUUCCCCUCAGGACAACCUGCCCCGCGCUUUGUCUUGCAGGAGCUACGAGGCUCAUAUACAGAGCUACCGCGGGGCUGACCCGCUGGAGCCUUGGCACAGAUAUGCUCAGUGGGUAGAAGGUUGUCUUCCCCUUCAAGAAAAACAAGCCCGCUUGCCCAGCCUGCUGGAGCAGCUUGUGAAGGUGUUCUUGGGUGACAGGAGGUACCACCAAGAUCCAAGAUUUGUGAAGUACUGUAUCAAGCUGGCAGAGUUCAUCAGCUCUCCUUGCCAGUAUUUUGACUACCUCUACGGACAGGGAGUUGGUGCAAAGACAUCCCCCUUCUAUGCUGCUUGGGCUCAGCAGCUUGUAAAUGAAGGCAACAUGCAGUGUGCAGCAGCUGUCCUUCAGAAAGGGCUUCACAACCAGGCACAGCCACAAGAGAGCUUGCACCAGCUGUAUUGCUGGCUGCAGAACUGUGACCCUCAGAAUCCUUCAUUGCAAGGUACUGCUGCUGUCAUGAAACCCCUUCAGACCUCUCAUGCUGCAAAUCAAAUGGCUCCUCAAAAAGGUGCUUUGAGUCUUGACUCAGUGAACACUUGCAAAAACCAGGGUCCUGAUUCUGCUGGUGCUCAGUCCUGCUCUGCUGAUGGGAGAGAAGAAGUAAAGUAUGUCACCUACAUCUCCAAGUCUGCAGUUCUUCCCAAGCCCUCCUCUGUGGCUGUGGAAUGUGAGCAGAUUGCCAUGUAUGAUAAAAACCUGCUGGUGUGUGAAGGCUCUGAACUGUCGUUUGAGGAGCUGAGAGCCAAGAGAUACUUGAAGAAGUCCGAGCGCCUCAGAAGGCAGCAGGAAUGGGAAGCAGAAGAGAGAGACUCUGUAAGGAGGAAAGAGUCAGCUGUCCUCGAACUGCAGGCCCUGCAGGAGAAGCUGGAAAAGCUCACCCAGCUCACCAAAAGCUUGGAGGAAACCAGGCUGGAACCAGCAUCUACAGCAUCAGCUGAGCCAAAUAAGACAGUGGUGCAUCCACCUGUGACACCCAGCACAGCUCUCCAGCAGAACUGGAUGGCACCUCCUCAAAAUGCACAUCUGCAAAGCACCCGAGCUCUGGUGCCAGAACAGGCUCCAGCCAGCGCUUCAGCAGCCUCUGCUCUUGCACUGCAGUCAGCAAAACCCCUGGGCCACUGGACAUCAGCCUCUCCGUGGGAAGUAACAUAUAAGAGUGGUGCAGGCAACACCCAGCUAGAGCUUGGGGAGCUCCAGAGCAGUUUGUUCCAGCCACCAUUCCAGAAUGCUGCAGCUGGGGAGCGGGCACAUCCCGAGGCGGCUCCUCGCUGCAGCACUGCACAGCAGCCUGACAAGAGACUCACUGGGCCCCAGACUUGUGUGGAUGCAAAGGAAGCACCCAGGGCUGGAAAUUCUUCCUUUGCUUCUGGAAAUGUUUCUCAAGCUACCCCAAACACCUCCCUGGGGGGAGCCACACAGGCAACACCCUUCAAAGUGCAGCCUUCACCUACAGUUCACACCAAGGAAGCGUUGGGAUUUCUCAUGGAUAUGUUCCAAACACCCAUCUUGCCUGAACCGUCUGCCCUGGACGAAAGUGAGGAGCAAUUUGAAGUCUUUUGCAGAAAAACUGAUCCUGAUGGGAGUCUGAAAACUCCACUUGUUCCCCCUGUCGUGCCUGCAUUUUCUAUCUUUGAAGAUGACAGUGACAAGGAGAACAAGGGGAUCCCACAGCUCAGAAACAAGCCAGAAGAGCCCAGAACCAUUGGAGAACGUCCCUUGGCAGACUGUCCAGUGGCUAUGGAAGAAGAAACAGGGACAUCUGAGUUCCUGAGGGAUGACUAUACGGUGUGGAACAUUGCAAGCAGUAACAAAACUUUAGCUCCCAGCCCAAACAACACAAAAGACUUUGCAGGAGCUGCCCAGCUUGUAUCAACACCAUUCAGCUACCUGUCAGCACAUCCACGGCGGCCUCUGCAGGACAAAGCCUGUGAGCAUGACGUGCAGCAAAUGGAUCUGGAGUUCCCUGAAGAACUGCACAAGCAGACAAAAGCUAAGAAGCUAAGCCCUGCCCCUGAACAAGGAGAGCUUCGAGGGAAUGCCUUGAAACAAGGAAAUGGCAUUCAAGGAAUCACUGCAGCUGCUUCUCAAAGAUUGCAUGAGCAGACUGCCACCAGCAGAGCUGAACGUUCCUCCUCUGUUGGGGUGGACAGAACUUCCCCUGGAGAGCUGUGUGGAGCUGGGCAGGACAGGGCAGCCCAGACUGUCAGAGCUGCAGCCCUUGUUGAGAACCCUUGGGAUAAGGAAUUGAUUUGCAAAUUCUUAUCAGAGCUUCCUAAACCCCUCCACACUUAUGCCAACUACUUUGAGUGGAAAUGUGCCCUGCCAUUCAUCAAACCAAAGGCUGAACUCCCACUGGGUUCCAGCUCAUUCCACGUGGACUGCUUGGUUGGACAGGGAGCUUUUGCCCAAGUCUAUCAAGCUUCAAUUCUGGGUGCAAGUAACCCUAGAAACAACCAGAAAGUCAUAUUCAAGGUGCAGAAGCCUGCUAACCCUUGGGAGUUCUAUAUAGCCACCCAGCUGGCAGAAAGGCUCAAUCCAAGCACACACCAUCUCUACAUCCACUUCUACUCUGCCCACUUCUUUCAGAACGGAAGCAUUUUGGUUGGUGAGCUCCACAACUACGGGACGUUGCUGAAUGCCAUAAACAUCUACAAGAAGCUCCCUGAGAAGGUGAUGCCUCAAGCACUUGUCAUCUACUUUGCUGUAAAGAUUCUUUAUAUGUUGGAAGAGCUCCACAGCUGCAAAAUCAUCCAUGGGGACAUCAAGCCUGAUAAUUUCAUCCUUGGAGAAAGGUUUCUGGACAAUGACACGUGUGACAUAGAUGGUCUCUCCCAUGGCUUGACACUCAUUGACUUGGGCCAGAGCAUAGACAUGAAGCUCUUCCCUGAAGGAACAGCAUUUACUGCAAGGUGUGAAACAUCUGGAUUUCAGUGCAUCGAGAUGCUCACACGGAAACCAUGGAACUACCAGACAGACUACUUUGGCUUUGCAGCAACCGUGUACUGCAUGCUCUUUGGUUCCUACAUGCAAGUGAAGAAUGAAAAUGGUAUCUGGAAGCCCGAGGGAGCCUUCAGAAGGCUUGCCAACGCUGACCUGUGGAAAGAGUUGUUUGAGAGCAUGCUCAACAUCCCCAGCUGCCACAGCCUGCCUUCCCUGGCAGCCUGGCGCAGAAGGCUCAAGGACUUGUUUUGCAAGUGCUAUGCCAAGGAGAUCAAGCUGCUUCGGAACAGGCUGGUGGUGCUGCUCAUAGAGCACAAGCGCUCCCGCAGAUGAGCGCUGCCUCGGCCCGCUGCCGAGGCCUUGGGGCUUUU